GACCGUUUGAGCCGUUGCACUCCGCCGUCAGGGAACAGACAUGGCGUCGGGGUUCAUACUGAGUCGUGGUGCGCUGACAUUAGCGACUCACUGUCAGCGUGUUUGCAGAAACGUGUCGCUGACACAGGUCCGAGAGAAGAAGCGAUGGAUGAAGGCCUACACGUACCUUAUGGCGAAGAAGCUGAAGCUGGAGGGGCCGCCGCCGCCGAAGCCACGCUCCCACCAGCCUCUGUGGGAUUACCAUGCCGAGGUUCAGGCUUUCAGCACCCGCCUCCGUGAGAACUUCUCCCAGGAGCUACUGAAGACGGCAUUCGUCAACCCAUGUUACUUGCAGGCGGAGCAAGAGAGGAGACGGGGGCUGGGCGUGGACUCAGAGACCAUCGCUUUGGUUCUGAGAGAUAACAUUCAGCUGAGUGCGAAGGGGGUGAGCUUCACCCAGAGCCUCCUGACAGACUGGUGCAGGGCCAGCUUCCCGAGCCUGCCGAGCGAGGGGGUGGAGAGCAUCGUCGGGCACCUCACCAGUUCAACGGUUGUGACCUAUGUCGCUAGAAAUCUCGGCGUUGAAGAGUUAACCAUGAGCGCAGAAUUCCCUGUUCCUGAUGACGUGCUCCAUUCGACGUUCAUGGCCGUGAUCGGUGCCCUGCAGGAGAGCAGUGGGGCCGAGCGAGCAGGAUUCUUCCUCAGGGAUUUCAUGGUGACUCAGCUGAUAGGAAAGGACCUGUUUGAUAUGUGGAAGGUGGUUGACCCGAUGGGACUAUUGGUGGAGGAGCUUACAAAGAGGAAUGUAGCUUUGCCAGAGCCUCGCCUCAUCAGGUCUGCUGGAGCCAGCACUGUCCUGCCACUGUACUUUGUCGGCUUGUACAGCGAUAAGAAGCUUCUGGCUCAGGGUCCAGGAGAGACGCUUGCAUCAGCAGAAGAGGAAGCAGCUCGAGUGGCCCUCCGAAAACUCUAUGGCUACAGCGAGAACCGCAGACCCUUCGACUUCUCGCCACAGCAGCAGCAUCAGCAGCCUUUAAUUGAGGCCGUCAGCAGCAAUUAAGGAAGUCACAGCUGUUGCCGGAAUUCAUUUAAAAGGAUAAAGUCACGCAGAAAAAGUGGCUUGAAUCUACUUCAGAAAUCAUUUGAGAUUCAGUACGUCUUGUUUGAGGAAUCCGGACCUUUUGUGGAUUAUGAGGAAGGAACAACGGAAACAAGGUUGGCAUGUAACUUGGUGAACAUCAGUCCAACGGCGCACCACAAUGAUUCUGUUGGAUAUAUGCUGAUGAUCCAAAUUAACUGCACAGUAAUCGGAGCAUUCUUGAAUACAUUGUACAACAUAAUCAAAACUCAACUCCACCGCCCUGGUUAGUAACCUAUUGGUUCAGCUGUCCAUCACAUAACGUCCUGAUAUCUGCCUGCCCUUGUAAAUACUACAAUUGUCAUGGGUUUAUUUGGGUUUAUUCUGUUGUAAUAUGUUGCUCAAUAAAAAGUAUGUAUACAUCCAAACCAA